AUGUCGACAAUGAUGUUUGUCGAUCACUAUGCGGUAUUAGGCGUCAAACGCAACGCAUCAAGCAAGGAGAUCAACAUUGCUUGGAAACAGUUCGCUCUGAAAUAUCACCCGGACAAGUGCAAUGGCAAUAAAGCCAUCGAGGAAUUCCUCAAGGGCCUGGAGGCUGCAGAGACGCUCCGUGACCCUCAACGACGUGAGCAUUACGACAAAGAACUCAAAGCCCAUGAUUCGCGCUAUCGGACCGGUUGGGCGGGCAGGAAGCAUCAUCCACCUCGAACCUCUCCUGCCCAUUCCUCGCCGCUGAACCCGCAAUCUCAUUACUCCGGUGAUCCAGGAGACCGGACGGACCCUCAACGCAGUUGGAACCAAACCGGCAAUAGAAACGACUACCAUGGUCCCACGCCCAAAUACAGCGAGGCACAGAUGGACAUGAUAUUCGAGACUGUCAAGAGAAGAGAGAGGGAACGCAUCGCCGCAGAGAAACAGAAAGUGCGACAGGCUGAAGCCGAAGUGAAGCAAAACCAACGAGAGACCGAUCAAGAGAUGCACGCAUGGGAAACCGAUAACUGCCUCUCCGGUGAUCUCGGGGCCCAGAAGGCACAGGCUCAGCGGCACGAAGGUUGCAACUGGCGUGACUCAACUCUUGAUUCCCCGACCGACUGGGAUGACAGCUCAAGUGACUCGGAUGGAGGAAUGCCCCUUUGA